UUAAGGCGGCGCGGGGACUGCUGGGAAGGCCGGCGGGAUGGAGGCGGCGGGACCCGCUCACGGGUGCGGGUCCGGGUGAAGCGGGGCGGGAGCCGGAACCUGAGCAGGAUCCCGGCCCGAGCCGAAGGCGUAGGUCCGCGCGGGCGGAUCAGGCCCGGCACUCGCCUGCCCGCCCCCUCGCCUUCACAGGCGGCACGCCAUGGCUACGAUGGUGCUUCCGCGGGAGGAGAAGCUGAGCCAGGAUGAGAUUGUGCUGGGCACCAAGGCCGUCAUCCAAGGCCUGGAGACCCUACGCGGGGAGCAUCGUGCCCUUCUCGCUCCCUUGGUAGCUCAUGAAGCUGGCGAGGCGGAGCCCGGCUCACAGGAGCGAUGUGUCCUCCUGCGUCGCUCCCUGGAAGCCAUCGAGCUGGGUCUGGGGGAGGCCCAGGUGAUCCUGGCACUGUCGAGCCACCUGGGGGCCGUGGAGUCAGAAAAGCAGAAGCUGCGGGCUCAGGUGCGGCGUCUAGUGCAGGAGAACCAGUGGCUGCGAGAGGAACUGGCCGGAACCCAGCAGAAGCUGCAGCGCAGCGAGCAGGCCGUGGCCCAGCUCGAGGAGGAGAAGCAGCACCUGCUGUUCAUGAGCCAGAUCCGCAAGCUGGAUGAGGACACGUCCCCCAGUGAGGAGAAGGGGGAUGUCCCCAAAGACUCACUGGAUGACCUGUUCCCCAACGAGGAGGAGCAGAGCCCAGCCCCCAGCCCUGGAGGAGGGGAUGUGGCUGCCCAGCACGGGGGCUAUGAAAUCCCAGCGCGGCUCCGCACGCUACACAACCUGGUGAUUCAGUACGCCUCCCAGGGCCGCUACGAGGUGGCCGUGCCACUCUGCAAGCAGGCGCUCGAGGACCUGGAGAAGACCUCAGGCCACGACCACCCUGACGUCGCCACCAUGCUGAACAUCCUGGCUUUGGUCUAUCGGGACCAGAACAAGUACAAAGAGGCUGCCCACCUGCUCAACGAUGCCCUGGCCAUCCGUGAGAAGACACUGGGCAAAGACCACCCAGCUGUGGCCGCAACAUUAAACAACCUGGCAGUUCUGUAUGGCAAGCGGGGCAAGUACAAAGAGGCCGAGCCCCUGUGCAAGCGGGCGCUGGAAAUCCGAGAGAAGGUCCUGGGCAAGUUUCAUCCGGACGUGGCCAAGCAGCUGAGCAACCUGGCCCUGCUGUGCCAGAACCAGGGCAAAGCCGAGGAGGUGGAGCACUACUACCGCAGGGCCCUGGAGAUCUACGCCACCCGCCUUGGGCCUGAUGACCCCAACGUGGCCAAGACCAAGAACAACCUGGCCUCCUGCUACCUGAAGCAGGGCAAGUACCAGGACGCAGAGACCCUGUACAAGGAGAUCCUCACCCGCGCCCACGAGAAAGAGUUCGGCUCCGUCAAUGGGGACAACAAGCCCAUCUGGAUGCACGCGGAAGAACGGGAGGAGAGCAAGGACAAGCGCCGGGACAGCACCCCCUACGGGGAAUAUGGCAGCUGGUACAAGGCCUGUAAAGUAGACAGCCCCACAGUCAACACCACCCUGCGCAGCUUGGGGGCCCUGUACCGGCGCCAGGGCAAGCUAGAAGCUGCACAUACACUGGAGGACUGUGCCAGCCGCAGCCGCAAGCAGGGCCUGGACCCCGCAAGCCAGACCAAGGUGGUGGAACUGCUGAAAGAUGGCAGCGGCGGGCGUGGAGACCGCCGGGGCAGCCGAGAUGCGGCAGGGGGUGCCGGGGCGCGGCCUGAGUCUGACUUUGAGGAGGCAGGGCCUGCAGCUGAGUGGAGCGGGGACGGUAGUGGCUCCCUGCGGCGCAGCGGCUCCUUUGGGAAGCUCCGAGAUGCCCUGCGGCGCAGCAGUGAGAUGCUGGUGAAGAAGUUGCAGGGUGGUGGCCCCCAGGAGCCUCCUAACCCCAGGAUGAAGCGGGCCAGUUCCCUCAACUUCCUCAACAAGAGUGUGGAGGAGCCCGUCCAGCCUGGAGCUACCGGCUUCUCCGACAGCCGCACCCUCAGCUCCAGCUCCAUGGACCUCUCCCGACGAAGCUCCCUCGUGGGUUAAUCCUGAAAGGGCAGCCAGUUGCCAGAGCCUUCACCCGGCACUGACCCCACCCCCAGCCCUUCGCAUGGGCCUGCUGCUUGCCCCACCUGUCUCUCCCAAGAACCCCCGUCUUUUCUGUUCAAUCUCAGGGUAACCUCCUCCCUUGUCAUCUCAGCCUGAGCCCUGGAGGCUGGGCCUGCCCGCUCCAGCUCCGGCCCUUAUUUAUUCCAUCCAGCAGGGCCCCCUCUUUAGGUUCGGGGCCAGGUGAGAGGCUGGCCAGAGUCUCCAAGAUAGAGACUCAGGGGCCCGCCCUCCCCAGCCCCCCCCC